CUAUUAGGCAUAGUUUCUAUGUGUAUAUUUUAUUGUUAAUUUGCCUGGUAUAGUCUUACAAAUCGUAUAAUAAUGAGUGGAUCAGAUUCCGAAGAAGAAAACACCUUGCGCUAUGGAACACCGUUGGAACCAUACGAAGAAGAUGAACUACCAUCGAAAAAGAAGUAUCAACCUCAGGAGCAAUAUGCGGUGGAUGAGCAUGGAAAGCGUCGCUUUCACGGUGCAUUCACUGGUGGAUUCUCAGCUGGGUUUGGUAAUUCAGUCGGUACACCGGAAGGAUGGACACCAAGCUCGUUUAAGAGUUCACGAGCCGAGAAAGCACAAAUUGCUAACCAAAGACCUGAAGAUUUCAUGGAUGAAGAAGAUCGCUCUGAGUUCGGUAUAGCACCUCGCAGCUUGCAAGCCAACCAAGAGUUCACGGGACAGAAGCGGACGAGAACUAGUUACUAUGACGGCACCAUACCGGGAGUUCCAGUACUGGAGCAGCUUCUACGACCGGUCCAUGAAACAACGGCUGUGAAGAUUCUACGGAAGAUGGGAUGGAGGGAUGGCCAGGGGGUCGGAGACAGAGUCACUAGGACGGAGAAGAAGAAAACAAGCAAGCAACAUAAAGUGUACGGGUGUUACAUGCCAGAUGAUAUGAGACAGGUCAGCCGGGAAUCGGAUAGCUCGGAAUCGGAGUUCGAGUACGAGCAGCUAUUCGCGCCGGACGAUUAUGAGCCUUAUGUGUUAAAGAAUAAGAACGAUAAAUUCGGUCUGGGAUAUGAAGGGCUGAGUCGGCACUCGGUGCUGGGGAAUAUGGUCGGGGAGUACGACGCUGGAGGAUCCAAGAGCCACCUCCUCAUGAGGGAUAAGGGCAGGAAGGUGUCGAUCCGCGGCCAGGCGUUCGGGGUUGGCGCCUUCGAGGCCGAUGACGAAGAUAUAUACAGCAGAGAGGACAUGACGCAUUACGACUACGAGAUGGGACCGGAAGUGACGACGAAGAAGCACGUCGCUAAACAGCAAAAUAAUGUGCUCCAGGGCUUCGUUAAGUCCAAGGCUAAACCGCCGUCGGUGGCCUCGUACCCCCCGCCCACUCUGCCACGGGGCUAUGUCCCAGCAACCAGACGCUCAAGAUUCGACGAGAGUAGGCCUCCGCAGAGGGACCAAGGUCUCGGACGACAUGAACUGACAUCAGCAGCGAGAGGAGCUCUCUUAGGAGAGACUCCCGUGGACAGCGCAGAACACACACAACGCAAGGAGCCGGGACCGCAGGCCGCGUCUGACACGAAGAUGGUUGAAGUAGUUACAGACAUGACCGUCCCGCCGGACGCCAGGGAGCUGAAUUACAUAUCGAUAAAAAAUACAGACAAAUCCAAUCUGAAGGUUUUCAAGCCAUUCGCCAGCGACCCUCAGAAGCAGCUGAGAUAUGAGAGGUACUUGGAGAUGAAGCCAGAGAGGGAAGGCGCUAGCGAUAGAUUGACUCAGUGGGAGAGGGACAGAGAGAUGGCGGAGUUCGAGCAGGCUGCGAAACUGUACAAGCCGUUGAGCGGCGUCAUGGGCGACAGAUUCACCCGCGCCUCUGAACCCGACGACGCUUUGAAUCCUCUGUGUGCGGUCGCCAAGAGUUCCAUCAACUACGGCCUAGCAAGUCCCGAAAUGAUUGAGGCUGCGAAAAAAGGCGCGUAUGGUGUCAUGACAAGAAAAGAAGUGUCAUGGCGACCGGAAACGCUGGUCUGUAAAAGAUUCAAUGUACCGGAAAUUGGUGCCAGACUUGAAGAAUCCAAAGAAGAUAAGCCAAAAGUGUCAUAUUCAAUAUUCUCCUACAUGGAAUCGUCGGUUCACAGCAGGGAGAGCUUCACUCAGGAACAGAGCAAGUUCUCCGGUUCCAAGUCCUUAAAUAUGGAACAUAAAGCCAAGAAACCUGACAAGGAUGAGGAAAAACAAGAAAAUAUAAACAAAGACAAAGAAAUAAAUACAUCGAAGAGAUUGACGGUCGCGGAACUGUUUAUAAGGGAAUCCGAAAAAGAUUUGAACGGGAGGGACAAAGAGGUGGCGCAGACCAUCGAGAAGUUUGAUAAGAUCGAUUUGUACAAAUCGAUUUUUCUAAGCGACAGCGAGGACGAAGGGACCGACAAAAACGAUCCGGCCGAUACGAACAGAAAUAUGGAACGGAACAAUUCACCGGCGAGGGGAAUCUUCGCUAACAUAGACUUCGACGAACUCAACGCUUGGAGAAGAAACGCAGACAGGCGGACGGACAGAGACACGGGUAGCAAAGACACGGACAGCAAAGACACGGGUAGCAAAGACACGGACAGCAAAGGCGGUACUAAAGAGGUAGAGGACAAACAUGAAGAGAACGUUAGCGAAUUGAUGUACGGGCCGAAGAUCCCAGAAAACUUGCAAAAGAGACUAGAGGUGCCGGCGAAAGAUAACUUUAAACCAGUUUAUAGAAGUAAAGAUAAAAGGGACGAGUCCUCGUCGAGCUCGGAGUCGUGGGUAGAGGCGGGCGCGAAGCAGAAGAAAGAAAAGAAAAAGAAAAGCAAGAAGCACAAGUCGAAACACAAGAAGAAACACAAAAAGAGGGAUAGGUGAAUCUAAAUAUAUAUGAAAAAUAAAAA